GAAAAUCCAAAUAUCCUACCACGGACGCAUGCAGCUCACAACAAGCCCGGCUUACCGGGGCUAUAAAAUUGAACUGUAAAAGUUUCCCAGCCGGACGGGUCGGCCCUCCUUCCGGCCCCGGUACCACCUGGGCCAGCGAGCUGGGAGUAGAAAUCGAAAGUGAAUUAACGUACCCGGAAACACUCGUGUUGGUGUUUUUUUUCCCUUUCUGUUUGCCAAUCAGUUCUGGGCUCGGAUGGGGCGCCAUCAACUGCCACGGGAUGCCAUUGUGUUUUGCGCGAGCAUUGGUUGGUCCAAAAAUCCGUCCACCCACAACCCUCCCCUCUGCCGGAUUGCUGCCGGAUGGUGGGGGACGCUUAGCGGGCAGGAGGUAUUUAACUGCCGUCCGGUACCGGUACGAGCCUCAGUCUCAGGUACGGUGCUGGACAUUCGUGACAUUAACAGUAAAAAACAAUAAAAAGUUUCCGAUUCAUUGUUCGCUGUUGCGUGGCAGCUUGGUUGUGGGUGAAAAUCCUGUUGUUGAAACCGUGCGUGUGUGUGUGUGUGUGUGUGUGAUUGUGCUCAAUUUCCAGUGUUUUCCGGUGGUUGAAAAAAAGAAAAGAAAACAAAAACAUGAGCAACCGUCAAGUUCGGCGCUUCGGGCAGCUGUCACUCGUGGCGCUGCUGGCACUGGUUGCCGCCGCGGCCGGCCAGCUCUCCUUCCACAACGAUCCAUCCCAGAACAGCUUCUCGAUCAAGCUGCCCUCCUUCCAGCAAUCGUUCACGCGCUACUUCGGCAAUCAACCGCAGGGUGCCCUGCUCCAGCAACAGCAGCAGCAGCAGCAGCAGCAACAGAUUCCCAGCACACUGUCCCAUCCAUCGCUGAUCGGCACCCAGGCACAGGCCUAUCAGCAGCAACAGCAGCAGCAGCAGCAGCCCAUAUACUAUCAGCCGCAGGCGCAGCAGCAACCUCAGCACGAAAGUCUGAACCGCUACGUCGCCCAGUUCCCGGACCAGCCGCACUACACCGUCCAGGAGAACUACAUCAAUCCCAACAUUCGGAUGCGGCUGCAGCAGCAGCGCCUUCUGCAGCAGCAGCAGCAGCAGCAGCAGCAGCAGUACGCCGCCCCACAGCCCAACAAGUAUGCCACCUUCACCAGCUUCGGUGCUCAGCCGACGGCCCCAGACGCCACCGUCUACGCAGGGAACAAUCAGCAGCAGCAGCCACAGCAGCCGAAGCACACAGAUGCGCGUGCGCGAGCUUGUGUGUCGGUAAAAGGGCAUCCAGCGCUAAGUUACACACACUCUCUCUCUCUCUCCCUCUCUCCGUCUUCUACGCAAAUGGAAGAUUAGUGAGUGUGACUUUUGCUUUCUAGCUGCUCCCAACCUGGCUGGCUUGAAGAGAACGAGAACAAACUUUGGGAAAAUACGGGGCCGGCUUUGUGUAAUGGUUCACGCGCGGAUGAUGAUGGUGACACUUGCGCGGCUGUGCAAUUUCCGCAAACGCUUCCACCGGUGACACUGCAAGUUGCCGGUUCGGUACAGUUGCCUAAGACUGUCCCAAAACUAGCCCCGCAACGUAGGGACGUAGGGUGGGCGCAGAUAAGAUAAGCAAUAGCUCGCCCACGGAGCACCGGAGCGUAGAUAUCAGCGCCUCACACACGGGGGCGCUGCUUAUCGCGCGUGUUCUCGCAAAUACACACACACACAGAGUCAGAGGGACACAGAGAGAGAGAGAGAGAGAGAGAGAGAAGCACCCAUCAAGGUGUGGACAUCGAGUGACGAAGGGUUUGAAAACAUAAGAAUGUUCCCAGAUGCUCCACCGGUCACUGCCGGUUAUCCGCCGUGAGAACACUACUGUGCAAACCGAAGCCUAUGGGGGUUAAGGUUUGAUUUCUCGGUGCGGAAUCGGUCGACUUACUUUCAUCGAAACGAACAUUGUGUGUAGAUUAUUGGUGGAAAGAGUGACACUGUUCUCUUAGUUUUUUUUUUGUGUAGUUUUGGGAAAUUUCAGACAGAAUAGCUCCAAAGCCACUUGAUCGAUAAAUACCUUUCGGGAUAGAUCACACACUACUUCCUUUUUUUUGUUGAAAUAAAACCACACAAAUACACGGCAGAGAUUGCCACAUUGAACGGGUGUGUCGUAAUUUGAUGACUAAUUUUGAAAAUACCGAUAUGAUAACGAUUAUCAGAAGGGUCCACACACACUUGAUGAUGAUGAUGAUGAUGAAGGGGCGCGCAGCAGUACUGCGCGUUUAUUAGAUCAUCUCACAUACAAAAAAAGAGGAAAGGGUGCGCCACCGCCGCCACUUCUUGUACACAUUUGUCUCCCUUCCCUUUGUUUAACUUCUCCUUUUCAGGUGUUCUUCUUCCUCUUCGGCCCUUUCUUUGGCGCCACCGCAACUGAUCCGGUCCGCUUGUCUGUUGGCUUUACGAUUUGUGUGCGCUCUUCGCGUUCUCGCUGCAUUGGAAGUUUCAGCCCAUAGUGUGCAGAUUCACAACAAAAAAAACAUGAAGUCCCUUUAAAGCGUACACCAUAGGACCAUGCGGACCGGACGCUCUAGGUCUGCACAAUAUACAUAAAGAUCGAAAAAGGGAACUGCCCCGUAAUGAUCGAAUAUAAUUUGGAAUUUUUGAUAACAGAUCCAAAACAGAAUGAGACUCUUGAUAAGAGAGCAGCAGAAUUUAAAAAAAAAAAAGGUUUCAUUCUGUGUUGGACCUGUGAUGACUUCUAUAAAUCUACUACAUCGAUUGACGAAAAUACUAAAGCUGCGGGAGUUUGGACGGUUCUCAAACCGAUUAGUAGCUGUAGUUGAUACUAAUAAUAGUAGUCACACAUCUGUAAUAGAUUCUUUAAUUCACAUUUCUAACAGAUAAAAUAAUGUAUAGAAAAAUAAUAUAUCUAUUACAAAGUGCUUGAAACCUCCAACAAGAAGCCUUUUUAUAUCUGCGCUCCAAUGGUUGCUUGUACACCACGGAAAGAAAUAAUUUAGACCAUUGUGUACUUCCUCCAGACUAUUGUUGGAUUUCAUGAAUCUUACGUUGAGAUUCAUUCAUAUAAAUCUUCAGCGAUCAGUGGUUCGAAUCUUGAAUCGAAUAUCCAAAGAAUAAAACAUCUCUAAAGACUCAAGGAUGCAUGAAUCUCUAAAGAUAAGUGGAUCUCAAAGGAUUCAUGAAAUAAUAAGAUUCAUAAAUCCAUUAAGAUUCAUAAAGCUCCAGGGAUUAAUGAAUCUUUGGAGAUGUAUGAUUUUCAUAAUAUUGAAAUUGCGCGAUCCGAUUGUACAUUGAUUAACUCGCACGACGUGAUACUUUCCAAGCAGUCUCGAAAACCUGUACAUGCUGGCAUGACCGUGUAGGUUAUCUUUGGAGAUUUCUGAGUCUAUAGAGAUUCAUGAGUUUUUCGAGAUUCAUGAAUCAUUGAGAUUUGUGAAUCUUCCCAACCGAGAUUAAGAUUCAUGAAUCUGAAUCAUAUUUAUCCAACACUACUCCAGACCAGGCCGCUUGCGCUCCUCGAGAGCAUAUACAGGGUUUUCCAGGAGUUCUCAUAGCUGUGGGACACUUUAUUGACUCUUUCUUAUGUGAAAUGAACUUAAUGUAAGGAGAAUUGGACUCCAUAGCAUCCUUGUUGGACAAAUCCAAUAGGUAUUUCCUAAAGAAACUUGUCCAAAAAGGGUGCCA